CACCUUUUACAGCUCCAGCCAGACGCUUGCAGGAGGAUUGUGCGCAGGUGAUAAUCAUCACUGGAAGCAGGUUCGACAUGGGAGAGGAAGGUUGUGGGUCUCCUACUACUGUUCCUCAGAACUUCUGUAAUGAGUCUACUACCGGACUAUUAUGUGGCAUGGAUGCGAUAAAAACCAAAGACCAGCCAAUAGCGAGCAAAAAAAGUUUGGUCAGUCAACCGAAAGCAAACACUGGAGAUAAGCCCUACAUGUGUGGGGAGUGUGGGUACAAAACAGCAUGGAGGUCUAACUUAUCCCAACAUAGGCGAACACACACAGGUGAAAAACCCUACAAGUGUGACCAGUGUAACUAUUCUGCUGCACAAAAAUCCAGCUUGGCCAUUCAUCUAGCAAAGCACACUGGAGAUAUGCCGUACAUGUGUGGGGAAUGUGGGUACAGGACAGCUCAAAAGUUUAUCCUAUCCCGACAUAUGAAAACCCAUACAGGUGAAAGGCCAUACAAGUGUAACCAGUGUGACUAUUCUGCUACUUGUAAGUCCAACUUGGACAGACAUCUAGCCAAACACAGUGGUGACAAACCCUACAUGUGUGAGGAGUGCGGGUUCAGGGCAGCUCAAAAGUCAGAUUUAUCCACACAUGUAAGGACUCACACGGGUGAAAAACCCUACAAGUGUGACCAGUGUGACUAUUCUGCUGCAGUGAAGUCCACUUUGGACAGGCAUCAAGCAAAGCACACUGGGGAUAAGCCCUACAUGUGUGGGGAGUGUGGAUACAAGUCAGCUCGGAAGUUUGAUUUAUCCCUACACAUGAGAACCCAUAACGGUGAAAAACCCUACAAGUGUGACAAGUGUGACUAUUCUGCAGCAAGGAAAUGCCAUUUGGACCAACAUCUGGCAAAGCACAAUGGUGAGAAACCAUAUAUGUGUGGGGAGUGUGGAUACAGGACAGCUCAAAGGUAUAGGUUAUCCCGACACAUGAGAACACACACAGGGCAAAAACCCUACAAAUGUGACCAGUGUGACUAUUCUGCCGCAGAAAAAGCCAAUUUUGACCGUCAUUUAGCAAACCACACCGGUGAAAAACCUUACAUGUGUGGGGAUUGUGGGUACAGAACAACUCGGAAGCCUGACUUAGCGAAACAUAUGAGAACUCAUACCGGUAAAAAACCCUACAAGUGUGACCAGUGUGACUAUUCUGCAUUACAGAAAAGUGAUUUAUACAAGCAUUUAGUAAAACAUACUGGUGAUAAGCCCUACAUGUGUGGCGAGUGUGGGUACAGAUCAGCUCUGAAAUCUACCUUAUCCAAACAUAUGAGAACUCAUACCGGUGAGAAACCCUACAAGUGUGACCGGUGUGACUAUUCUGCUGCACAGACGUCCGCGCUGAACCAACAUCUAGCCAUACAUACUGGUAAUAAGCCCUACAUGUGUGGGGAGUGUGGGUACAGGACAGUUAAAAAGUGUCAUUUAUCAGAACAUAUGAGAACUCAUACUGGUGAAAAACCCUACAAGUGUGACCAUUGUGACUAUUCUGCUGCAGUGAAAUCCAGUUUGGACAGGCAUCUAGCACAGCACACUGGUGUACAGCCGUACAUGUGUUGGGAGUGUGGGUACAGGACAGCUCACCAGUCUAACUUAGUGAAACAUAUGAGGACUCAUACCAGAAGAUAAGCCUGAAAAUUAGAGAAUAAGCUAUCCGACAGGUAUGAGAGUGCAUGUUCGGUAUGACUUGGGUUACGAUGUGAUGUCACCUAUUUUCAAAGUUCUAUAUCCUUUUCUUCUUUCUAUUGAGGCGACCGCUUUCAGCAUUUUAAAGAUUCUGUAACCUUUAGUUAUGUGAAGUUUGCUGGAAAGGCAGUUAUGCCGACAGACGCGUGAGUCAGAUUUUGGUCUUGAAGAUGACCAAAUUAAUGAAAGAUAUGGCGACCUCCGCCGGAAAGUCGUUCCAGCCUUUGAUAAUAAGUGGGGAAAUGAUAUCUGUCGACACAGUGUAUUACUUUUAAUGGGUUGGGAUGUGGUCGAGUGCAUAUGACGAGAACGCCGGGCUGUCUGACUAAGUUGAGAAAUUGUCAUGUGACGUGAGCUUCUGUGACAUAAAUGUAGUUUCUGUGACUCGUUCCUGAUAUGUAACAACAUAACUGCUCAGUGAAAAUGGAAAAAAAAAAUCUAGUAUGAUAGUGAA